AUGAAGGCUACGACCGCGUCUCUUCUCCUUGCCUUCGUUCGACUCGCAAUCGCGCAUCCUGGAGCACACUACGAGUCGUCGGAGCAAGAACAGGCUGUCUUUCAGGCUGCCAAGGCGACCUCUAGCUCCAACCGCGUCAAUGAGGUUGCGCCUAGUACAAACUCCUGGUUGGAGAAAUACGGCGAGCAGAUGGAUCUGGGCUACACCGGGCCUUUGUCUUUCAGCCAUGCAGAGUACGCACGCUGCCUGCAAGAGCCUGAACAGGCCUUCGACAUCGCUGUACUAGGCAUGCCAUUUGAUACUACUACGUCCUAUCGUCCGGGCGCUCGGUUUGGACCCACGGGAAUCCGCAUGGGCAGCAGACGCCAGCAUGUUGGACGCGGGUACACCUUGAGCUGGGGCCUCGACCCAUAUCUACAGGGUGCCAAAGUUAUGGACUGCGGAGAUAUUCCUCUGAACGGCUUCGACAACGCCGUCGCUAUCGAUCAGAUGGAGGUUGCCUACUCGACUCUUCUGGCCCAUCCCGUCGCCAAAGACGCUCAGGCAGCAGCAACAGACGUCACCGCAAACCUCGCGCUUGAUGGGAAGGCGCACCCGCGUAUCCUCACGCUUGGUGGAGACCACACCAUUGUCUUGCCGAUCCUUCGUUCAUUGAACAAAGUAUACGGCCCGGUCUCCGUCAUUCACUUCGAUGCACACCUCGACACUUGGAAACCCGCUAUCAACUCCAUUUCCGAGCAGUCGCGCAUAACGCACGGCAGCUUCUUUUACAUCGCGCACGAGGAGAACCUCAUCCGCAACGCUAGCAUCCAUGGUGGUAUCCGUUGUAAAAUGUUGGGCGAGGCCGACAUCCAGAACGACGAAUCCGUUGGCUUCAAGGUCGUUUCUUCAGAUGACAUUGACGACAUUGGUAUCGCGGAAGUCAUCCGCCGCAUCAGGUCACACAUUGGUGACAACCCGGUCUACCUGACUCUCGACAUCGAUACCAUUGACCCUGGUCUUGCUCCUGCCACCGGGACCCCGGAGGCUGGUGGCUGGACAACGCGUGAGGUAAAACGCAUCAUUCGCGGGCUCGCGGGAAUGAAUAUUGUCGGUGCGGAUAUUGUGGAGGUCGCGCCGGCCUAUGACACUGCCGACAUCACCAGCAUUGCGGCCGCAGAUAUUGCGCACGACUUCAUCGCGGCGAUGCUAACGUCUGAGCCACCCAAGCCGCGCGACGAGCGCUCCCCUUGGAAGGAUGAGCUCUAG